AUGGCCACUGCCUCCACUCGACAACCCACACCGAUGCCCCGAGAAGCGAGCCUGCUCGGCUUGCCCCGAGAGCUGAGACUGCAGAUCUACGAAGAGGUGUUCGCAUUAGAUCUGGAACAUGCAAUAUUGGAUCAAUGGACAGAUACACACAGCGCUGAGAAAGGCUUCGUCAGCGUACCAGACUUGACGAGCGAGACGCUGUGCAUUCCAUGGCUGUGUCUGAAGCUCACCUGCAGAACCAUCGCAUUCGAGAUCCGGGCUCGCAUGCGGCAAAAUUCCUUCCUUGAAGAUGCGGAGAAGAGGACAUAUACACUCGAUCUGGAAGCAACUCGCCGGGGCGUGGCUCUCGGUACAACAACAUGGAGGCGUCUCCCUUGUGCGCCUCAGCAGACAGAAUAUCUCCAUGCCUUCUACAACGCCAGUCGCGGAUUCCAGGCAUGGGGUGACGGAGGCCCUCACGGCAUCACAUCCGGCCUGUACCAGACACUCAACCAUUUCGUCCAUUGCGGUCCGAGAUUAGACUCGCGGUAUUUGCUUCCCAAGCCAUUGCACCUGAAAGAGCUUCGCAUCACCAUCGAGAGUCGUGGAGUGCCAGAUGAGGAGGAUGAACAUGCGCACUAUCGACUCUCAGAGCGGGACACGAACCCGAAGACGACGUUGUAUUCGCUUGGAACGAUCGUGGGCCAGAUCAAACGGACAGGUGUGCUGCGAGGCUUUAUGGAUCGAAUAGUCCUUGCCUGCGACGAAGAACAGCUGGUUUGGUAUGCGGAGGACGCUGAAGGGAAUGGCAUUCCGGAGCAUUGGAAUCGGUAUGGGUUCGAUUGGGGUAUGGAGCUGUACCAGACAAGUUGA